AUGAAAUUAACAGUUACAUCCGGUAUCCACUUCCAGACGGCACCAAUUGACCAAUCAGUGCAGGUCAACAAGACGACGUUCCUAUAUUGUGACGCAAGUUACGACACCAGGCGAUAUGACCUAACGUACACCUGGAAAUUUAAUGGAAGGCCAAUAAGCAUUGUUAAUGAUCCGUUUUACAGAGAUGGUCGACGGGAGAACAUUAAUGGCCUGUAUAUUGUUAACGCCCAGUACCGUCACACUGGGGUGUACGAGUGUGUAGCCGAAACUGUUACCCUGUCCGUCUCGAAGAAAGCAUUUGUCACUGUUAAAGGUCCACCAUCAGAGCCUGCAGGGGUGUAUGUUGAACAUGGAGCUGGAGGCAACGAAACAGUAAGGUUGAUAUGGACUUGGAACCCAAGUGCUGACCAUGGCUAUCCGGUACUGUUCUUCGAAAUUGACGCAAUAACAGAGUUUGAAAAUGAAUGGACAGUUUUAGCCACAGAUAUACCUCAGUAUUUGACAGUAAUCAAAGGGACCGAUAUGAAGAACUACUUUGAGCUUAAAAACCUUCUGCCGUACAACUCAUAUAGGUUUAGAGUUCGAGCAAAGAAUGAACAAGGCGUUGGUCCUGCUAGCAGGGAGUCCAACGUUUAUCAUGUGCCAGCAGCCCCGCCAAGAAAAGCACCUGUUGUAACAAAUAAGGGAGGCGGGUCAGUUGGACUUCUUAAAAUAGAAUGGACGCCCCUUUCCCGUUCAGAAGAAGGUGGACAAAAGUUUGGCUACAGAGUUUUCUGGCGGUUGGCAAGUGAAACGAAAAAGGCCUUUCAUGAGGUCGAAGUAGGUAAUGUAACGCAGUAUUAUCAUACUGUUGGUUUGGAGAAUUACUACCUGCUGUACACAGUGAAAGUGCAAGCAUACAACAAGGAAGGUAACGGGCCAAUGUCAGACUACGCUGACGUGUAUUCAGCCGAGGGAAUGCCGACGAUACGACCUUCAAACGUACGUUAUAAUCCUAUAAAUGGGACAGCUCUAACAAUCUACUGGGACCCUGUGCCAAACACAAGAGAGGGUAUAAAGGGUCGAGUACGUGGAUAUAGAAUUGAUUACAUCGAUAAAAACAAUGAAACCGGAUGUCAACGUUGCUCAACGUUUGUAUACGGGCAAACGGACCACGGAACUAUAAUUGGUCUUGAGCCUAAUGGGGACUAUUGGGUGAGAGUUACAGUUUUUAAUUCUGCCGGAAUUAGCACCAUUAGUGAAAGAUAUCUGUGCAGCACCUAUGAAGCACCUCCGGGUCGGUUUCCACAAUUUGUGGACGUUUUUCCUCACGGUGAACACAGUGCACUUGUACGAUGGCGAGGUGUAAACAUAAUACAAGGGGAGGCCACUCUCAAUGGAUAUAAGCUGAUGUACUGGUCCGUGGGUGAUGAUAUAAGAACUGCCAAUUUUACUCUUGUGGACAAAGUCAAUGAAGGGGUCAUCUAUGGUUUGCAAAUAGAUGUUAUAUAAACUCAGAGUGAUGGCCACAAACCGAGGAGGUGAUGGAAAGAAAAGUCCUACAGUGUAUUUUUACUAUUCUAAAAGGUUUUGG